GUUAAGGUGGUUGACUGGCCUCCUUGUUGUUAUAUAAAGGCACCUAGCGCACGCCCAUACAACUCAACAAGUUGACUAGCAGAAGUUCGGACUCAGAGCCACGAAAACCCUGUCUUCAACAACAUUUUAACGCUCGCUGUCCUUACUUCACACAAUGGAUUCAAUGGCGCCUAUGGCGCUGGGCCAGCGAGGCCCUUGCGUGAGGACUCUGCAGCAGCGGCGGACGCUCCGGGCCUGCCCGGUUUCUCGUGGCACCGUUGGCCGCCUUGUAGUCCGGGCAGUGGCCUCACCACCAAAGAUGGACACGGAAGCAGCAGCUUUAAAGGCAAAAGCCAGCGGAGUGCAGCAGCCUGUUUACUUCGCGGACUCCGUGGCGAGUGUGAGCAUGGAUGAAGAGUGCAGCGCAUUUAUUGAUCGCGACGGCGACUUCAUGGAGGUCAUGUGCUGCGACUACGGGUUCAGGUCUGGCGCUUCGCGGAUGUACCAGCAGGAGAACGACGGGCGGAUUCCCAAAAACGCCUUCCAGCUGGGCUGGGACAACUUCAAGUCUGAGCUGCGGUCGCUGCGUCAGUCCAUCCGCUUCGACGACUACUCCACCAUCAGCGAGGCCAACCCGCCGCGCACCCCCAUGAGCCGGGCCGCCUACUCGGUGGGGCAGGCGGCGCUGGACAGCCUGGACGCAGUGGACCGCGCGCUGGAGGCGGCGCAGGUGCUUGAGCCGCUGCGGCCCCGCGCCGUGACGCUGGACGGCGUGACUCGGGACAGCGAGAGCGGCAGCAAGCUCAUCAACAACUGCGCCGAGAUCCGCUCCAAGUUGAAGCAGCUCAAGCUGAGCAACAAGGCGAUGUGGGACCGCGAGCACGCGCGCGAGCAGUCCGGCCGCGGCGUCGAGACGCCCUGGCUGAUCAAGGGCGUGUACCUGUCGCUGUGCUUGCUGCUGGACUUCCUGUAUGAGAACCGGCCCAUCCAGCGCUUCUGGUUCCUGGAGACGGUGGCGCGCAUGCCCUACUUCUCCUACAUCUCCAUGCUGCACCUGUACGAGAGCCUGGGCUGGUGGCGCGCCGGCGCCGAGCUGCGCAAGAUCCACUUUGCGGAGGAGUGGAACGAGCUGCACCACCUGCAGAUCAUGGAGAGCCUGGGCGGCGACCAGCUGUGGUUUGACCGCUUCGCCGCGCAGCACGCCGCCAUCUUGUACUACUGGAUUCUGCUGGGUCUGUACGUCUUCUCGCCGCGCCUGGCCUACAACUUCUCCGAGCUGAUUGAGUACCACGCCGUGGACACAUAUGGCGAGUUCGUGGACGCCAACGAGGAGCUGCUCAAGUCGCUGCCGCCACCCCUGGUGGCCGCAGUGUACUACCGCAGCCAGGACCUGUACAUGUUCGACAGCUUCCAGACGUCGCAGCCCAUGCAGAACCCCCGGCGGCCGUCCUGCAAGACCCUGUACGACGUGUUCAAGAACAUCUGCGAUGACGAGAUGGAGCACGUCAAGACCAUGAAGGCGUGCCAGGACGAGACGGUGUCACAGGACAUCAUCACCCGCCGGGAGGACGGCCCGCGUGUGGGCUUGUGAGCGUGCCAACGCCCUUCUUGAGGCGGGGCGCACGUGAGGACACAGCGGUGAUGGAGACCCUGAUGAGUGAUGUUGAUGCAUGAGCGCAAGGAUGCAUGAGCGUAAGGCGCUCACAUAAGGACAAGCACCAGUGGCGGUUGCGCCACGAACGGCACGCCAUUCCGAGCCGUCUGUUUUGGUUUGCAGCUAAGCUGAGGUAUUAGGGCAUGAGUACACAAGGUGUUAAACCGUGCGUUGUUCCCGCUGUUAUGCGGGCAGGCCGUAUCUCAGUGCGGCGCCUGGAAAUCCGAGAAGAUCACAACACGUUUUUUAUUUUUGGUCGGCGAGUAUUGUGUGGCAAUGAGGUGCUGCCAGCCUCUUUGGGAGCGCUCUGCUUGGGGAGGUACGAAAGAAUCACGAUGUGAGCGUAGGAGGAAACUCUGACAAAGAGGGGAUGCGGGGCAGGUUUGGGCCUGUCAAGACCCAUUGCAGGAGGUGCAAGGGUUCCAUACGAGCCCAGAAGUUGGGCGGUGGUCUAGUGGAACCCCCUACACAUAGUCACGUCCAUGCGGGGGCUGGCUCGAGAGAAGGAGUACAGCAAAGGACUCGAGCUGGAGCUGAGGCAAUGGGCGAGUGACCUAAAGGCUGUAGGCCGAUGCGCGGACACCAGAGUUGCCGUUGGAUGUUGGUGGUGAGCGUCGGCGCCGUACAUAACAAACAAGGUGCGCCCACAAUUCUUCCCAGAUUUUUUUGGCUCAAUACGGUUGUUUUGGACGCAUCAUGGUCAACAGUAUGAUGCAAGUGAGCUGGUGAGAGACAUCGUGCUAGAGACGAAGUGUGAGCAGAGUGGACAUGGCGCUGAUUUGCACGGUGCCCAGGGCGCGCCGCGAGGUAGCGAGACAUCUUCCCGAUGUAAACGACAAUUCUA